UUUUAUUCAACAAUUCUCUUUAAUGGAACUCCAGUCGAUUGUCCACGCGUUAUUAAGGUUUUUUGUCAACAAAAAGCUUUAUUAUUAAAAUCCCAAAUAUUUGUACUUUUUAAUACAAAAGGUCUUUGGAAACAAAAUCAAUAUGAGUACAAUACUUGAAAAAAUUGCUGCCAUCGAAUCCGAGAUGGCACGCACCCAGAAGAACAAAGCAACAUCGGCUCAUUUGGGUCUCUUAAAAGCUAAGUUAGCGAAGCUGCGUCGUGAGUUAAUCUCCCCAAAAGGAGGUGGCGGCGGUGCCGGUGGUGAUGGCUUUGAAGUUGCAAAAACUGGUGACGCUCGCGUUGGAUUUGUGGGGUUCCCUUCAGUAGGAAAAUCUACUCUGCUUUCUAAUUUGGCAGGUGUAUACAGUGAAGUCGCAGCCUAUGAAUUUACAACCCUGACUACGGUCCCAGGAUGUAUCAAAUAUAAGGGCGCAAAAAUUCAACUUUUGGAUCUGCCUGGAAUCAUAGAGGGUGCUAAGGAUGGCAAAGGUCGAGGUCGACAAGUUAUUGCAGUAGCUCGGACAUGUAAUUUAAUAUUUAUGGUUCUUGAUUGCCUUAAGCCCUUAGGGCAUAAAAAAUUGCUUGAACAUGAAUUGGAGGGCUUUGGUAUACGUUUGAAUAAAAAACCUCCAAAUAUUUACUUCAAACGUAAGGAUAAGGGUGGUGUCAAUCUUAACAGUAUGGUACCGCAAUCUGAAUUAGAUGCUGAUCUGGUUAAAACUAUACUCUCUGAAUACAAAAUACAUAAUGCUGAUAUAACUUUGCGAUAUGAUGCGACCAGUGACGAUUUAAUUGAUGUGAUUGAAGGAAAUCGGAUCUACAUACCUUGCAUUUACUUGCUUAAUAAAAUUGAUCAAAUAUCGAUUGAAGAACUAGACGUUAUUUAUAAGAUACCACAUUGUGUUCCGAUAUCGGCGCAUCAUCGCUGGAAUUUCGACGAUUUGCUGGAAAUGAUGUGGGAAUACUUGAAGCUAGUUCGAAUUUAUACCAAGCCAAAGGGCCAACUACCGGACUACAAUUCACCCAUUGUCCUACAUAAUGAACGCACAAGUAUCCAAGAUUUUUGUAACAAGCUGCAUCGCUCAAUUGCUAAGGAAUUCAAAUAUGCUUUGGUUUGGGGUUCUUCUGUUAAACAUCAACCUCAAAAGGUGGGCAUUGAUCAUAUUCUUAAUGAUGAAGAUGUCGUGCAAAUUGUAAAAAAGGUCUAAAAGUUUAACAACCAUACCAUACAUAUGUGAAUUAUGCGAUUUGACAAAUUUUAAAAUAAAAGUUAAAAAUGGAAAUGUUUCUUCAAAAACUGCUAA